ACCUAUUUAGUGUAAGAAAUAGCUAGGUUCCACACAGCUGGGUUUUGUACUAAGGCAAGCCAUUCAUUCGGUGUGACAGUCCCUGAGACUCGAGAGACUGUUGCCGCCGGUAUUAAUUCUCCUCCUCCUCCUCCUUCUUCUUCUUCUCCCCAAAACCCUAAUUUCUUCUAUUCACCAAAUCAUAUUCAUGGCUGAACACAACGACCCACCCCAAGAACCCACAUUGCCCUCCAAGCGCAUGUCCGAUCCCGACCUCCAAGACCUCCCUUCCAAAAUCCCCAAGCUCGACCUCAAAGAAACACUACCCACUGCAAACGACAACGACCUCCAAAACGACGAUGAAGAUGACGACGACAACGACGACGACGAGGAGGAGCAGGAGGAUAACCGAAAGGGAAAGGGGAUUAUGCGUGACGACAAGGGCAAAGGGAAAAUGAUUGUAGAAGAAGAAGACGACGACGACGAUGAUUCCGACGAGGAUAGUGCUAGCGACGACGACGGAAGCGAUUUCUCUAACGACUCGCUCACGGAGGUCGAUUUGAAUAACAUUCUGCCGUCCAGGACUCGGGGGCGGACGGUGAGUUCCGGAGUGCACAUUGCCGGUGACUCGGGGAAUGCUGCUGCUGCCGUGGCCGCGGGCAUUGACGACGAAGAUAGCGACAGCGACGAUAGCGAUGCUUGAAUUCCUGCCGAGGUUAGUGAGGGUUUGGGAGGAAACGGAAAUGGAUUAGUUCUGUUGUUGACUAUGAGAAAGAAGUGUUUCUUUAGAUUUUUCUUUGAGCUCAAUGCGGUUUGAAAGAUAUAGUCUUUUCUGUUUUUUUUUUUUUUUCAAUUUAUCUUGUGCUUGCUUGUUAGGUAGUAUAUUAUGGCUAGUGAUGUUCAGAUUUGAGGUAAUUGACAUGAAAACUAAACUGAAAGAAAAUGUUAUUGGAAAUUAUGGCCAUUCAGUAUUCUGUCCAAGUCUGAGAUUUUGCUGAGUGAUGUGUAUUUGACUAUGUACCUGAACAUGGCGCAGCAUAUGUACUAGAAAUUGAACAACUGAUUUCUCCUGAUUCUGUGAAUGGCGAAAGUGCAAAACAAUCGAGAUUAAGAUGGCUUGUCCCAUCUUUAAUGUUGACUUUAAUAGGACAAGGAGUCUACUUCUUAUGGGGUGGUGAAGUCAGUAAUUCUCAAAGUUUUAUAAGUUGUUGUAGACCCCAACAUUGUGUUAGAAAUAUGUAGAUCUUAGUUAAUUCAUACUUGGUUAUAUCUUUUUGUAAA